AGCAUUUCAGUCUCCCACCAAAAAGAAACUGUUUUCUAAAUUAUAACAACCGGUAGCUACCACUGCCAACUCUAAACAUGUCGUCAUCGCACCACCUCUAUGAGCUAGAUUCCGCGACGGAUUCCGUCGCAUCCUCUCCGCGCUCCGAACACCAUGCUUCUCAAGACGGUCAUAUACGUGUACGGUUCAUGUGUAGUUUCGGUGGUAAGAUCUUACCUCGUCCGCAUGAUAAUCAGCUCCGUUACGUCGGCGGUGAUACUCGUAUCGUCGCCUUUCAUCGCUUCACCUCUUUCUCAUCGUUCAUCAAUAAGCUCUCUAAACUCUCAGGAAUUGGCAACGUGAGUGUUAAGUAUCAGUUUCCGAAUGAGGAUCUUGACGCUUUGAUUUCAGUGACGACCGAUGAAGAUCUCGAGAAUAUGAUGGAAGAAUAUGAUCGGCUAGCGCAGAACCAAAACCCUCGACAACUGGCUCGGCUUCGGCUUUUUCUUUUCUCUAACGGCGAUGAUGAGUCACGAGCCAGUAGUAUCAGCUCACUUCUGGACGGCUCGGUUAAUCGUGAAAACUGGUUCUUCGACGCACUUAACGGCGGCGCCGUCGCCGAUGCUUCGAGGCUUGAACGUCUACGAUCCGAGGCUUCGUCUAUUGUAUCCGAAGUGCCCGAUUAUUUAUUCGGGUUGGAGAACUCCGAUGAGAUCCAACCUCGUGACCCGAAAUUAAGGACACGUCAGCUUUUGUAUGAGAAUAAUUCGGUUUCGGAUCCCGGUUCUCCUGCCCCGGUUGUUUCUUCUUCUCCUUUUUGUUCCACGUCAUCAGCUACUGUUGUACCUUCAGUGACUAAACCGGAUAAUCCUGAACCGGUUUUGAAGUCAAAGCAAAGUCAAACGGACAGUUUCGUGGAGCAACCCGUUUCGCAACCGACCACAUAUUCGGGUACUCCGAUGUGGCAUCAUUAUGUUCCGGAUUCUCAUUAUUCUGCUCCUGCCGUACAACAAAUACCCGUUUAUUAUGUUCCGGGUCAUGUACAACCCGGAAAUCAUCAGGGUCAAGCUCAACCCGUUCAAAUCCGUACACAGUAUGUCCAGCAGUAUCCGAAUUCAUCGGGUCAAGUACCCGUAGGGUAUCAUCAACAAGUUCAUGGUGCGGGUCAAACAUACGGGCAAGCACCACCAGUGGAUCCUUACGACCCGACAUGGAGAGUGGCUCAUGAUGAGAAACAGCCUGUAUAUUAUGGAGUUAGAAAUUCGGGUCCUAUGCAAGUUUACCCAGGAAUGGUGGUUCCGGGUGGGAAGGAACUGGGUCGAAGCGGGUCAGACAUGGCUCAGGGUCGGAUCUCUCGGUCGGGACAGUAAUUAUUUGAUUAUAUUUGUGGCAAUAAUGGCAUGGUAAUUUUGUUUAAAAUUUACCAAUGUUGAAUGAAUUGGAAGUAAAAAAGAGUGUUUCGCAAUGCUGCGUCGAGUGAUAAGGACCUUGAUUUUCUUUACGUAAAGUCACGAGUUUGAGUCUUGUUGGAAGAUUUUUCCCUCAUUAUAGAGAUCCGACUUGAACUUAGUUGAAAUCAAAUGUAAUUACUAAACAUUGGUUUCUCAUGCAAAAAUAAAAAAAAAUGGAUUUUAAAA